CAGGCUAGGCCUACGCGUAAGGAAAGAACACGAAUUAUGCCCUACAUUCUACAUUGUCAACAAAUCCUUAGUUUUGUAAAAUUGAUAAUGGACGCGCCUUUGUAAACCUGAGUCUCAAUCGUACGUUCCUCACUGUAUCACUCUCUUCUUUCAAAUAAUUUCUAAAUUUCUGCUCGAGAGUCACUUUCCUGUUAUCAACAUGGAGCUGUCAAAAGGUUCUGCCCUCCUUUCUACAUGUUGAGAUGGACAACCCGGGGGAGGCUAAGACAUCAAAAUGAAUGAAGGCGAUCUUUUACAAAGGGCUGCUGAAGAGCGAGCCAAUAUUGUGAACAAAUAUGCUCGUGGGAGAGAGGAAGGUGCUCAGAUCGACCCAUGGGAAGAUCCUUCUUUUGAGAUAUAUCAUGUCACCGACCGAUAUGGUUUCAUACAUGACCAACGAGUGCCUCAGCGGAAAGAUACAAAAGAGGUGCAAUUGGAGAGGGAACGAGCUAAAAAAUGGCUUAAAAUGCGCAAAGAAUGGGAACAGCAUAAACUGAGUGCUGAUAAGUUAAGACGCCGAGUCUAUAAAGGCAUUCCUGAAUCACUCAGAGGAACUUUUUGGAGUUUGUUGCUUGAAAUAGACACUCUUAAGAAACAACAAGAAGGAAAAUAUGAGGAAAUGCGUGCUAUUGCAUGGAAGUGGUCACCUGAUAUAAGACAAAUUGACUUGGAUGUGAACAGAACUUAUAGAGAUCAUCUCAUGUUUCGACAACGAUAUGGUUUGAAGCAGCAAGCCCUGUUCAAUAUAUUAAGCGCGUAUUCUGUUUAUAAUAGAGAAAUUGGUUACUGCCAAGGAAUGUCUCAAAUAGCUGCUCUUUUGUUAAUGUACUUAAAUGAAGAAGAUGCAUUUUGGGCUUUGUCAGUAUUAGUCUGUGACAAAAAGUAUAGCAUGCAUGGAUUUUUUAUCCAAGGCUUUCCUAAGCUUGUACGUUUUCAAGAGCACCAUGAGAAGAUAAUGAACAAGUUCCUCCCAAAGCUUAAGAAACACCUUGACCGCAAUGGUGUUGAUACAGGGCUAUACACUCUUAAGUGGUUUUUUCAAUGCUUUUUAGACAGAGUCCCUUUCCGACUUGCUUUAAGAAUAUGGGAUGUAUACCUACUGGAUGGGGAACGGGUGCUGAUAGCAAUGGCUUACAACUUACUUAAAUUAAAUAGGCGUCAACUCAUGCGGCUUGGCAUGGAUGAUAUUUUGCAGUAUUUACAGAUCCGUAUGGAGCGCAGUGAAAUGGAGGACGACGUUGUAAUAGAGAGUUUGCAGCGUUGUAUGGAGGAACUCAAGAAAGCGAAAUUGGACUAUCCCGGCCCGCCCCCUCCAGAUGAACUGCCAAAGACACCUUUUGGAACCUUCACCGAACCAACAUUUGAGCAAAAGGUUGGUAGAAGAACUAGUGAACUCACUGCUCUUGAAAGAGUAGCAACAGAGUCAGUUGUGUUGAGGAGACAACAGACUGAAGAGCAGCUAGAAAUGGAUCAGCUGUCACCAAGACCACCAGGGACUACAAGCAAUGGUCACCACAGACUGUCGCACAUCUCUGGAAGUGAUGGUGGUAAUUUAGGAGAUCAAGGAUCCAAGUUUUCCUUUGAUCCCAGUAUUGACGACGCAAGUUCUCUAGUUUCACGGCGAUCCCUGGCCGAUACCAGCGUGACGUCAACAGCGGAUCUGUCAGUCUUCUCAUCAGUCACAAGAUCCCAUGCUCAAGACAACAGCCUCGACACGCACAGCAACGUGUCCGAUGACUCAGGACCUCGAGCCAUCACUCCCACUGCCACUCCGAGAGCGCUGACACCACAACCUACUGCUCCAAGUCCUGAUGUGGUUCGCAUUUAUGUUCCCUACACCUCGCCUCAACCUCCCUCACCAUGCCGUCAAAAUGGUGAUCUUCCCCCAAGAUCCUUACCAUGCCCACUGACAUCAGAUCUAAAUAAGAUACGAAUCAAGGUGGACAAUAACAGCCAGGAAGAACAAACUCCUAUAGUUGAGCAUGGUCUCAUUAAGCCGUUUCAGUUGAAUAGCCCAGAGAUAGACUUGAAAUAGUUGCAGGUAUUAUAGUAAUUGUAGUUCAAUUAUUGUUGGUACCUGAUGUGACAUUGGUAUUUUAUAGUAAACCAUACCAUUACAAGAAGAGAAUGGUUUGUCCAUGAUGAGCUUUAGUGAUGCAUUUAGAUAUGACACGAUUUUGUAUUUAUUUUAUUAUUUAUCUGAGCAUUAAUAUACCUACCUGUGUUACUAGGCUUUUUUAUGAUUUCCUUCUUUUUCCUGAACUAUGGUGUAAAUAUGUUUAAAGUCCAUAGCACUGUUGUUUGUAUGCAAAUCUAGGAAAAAUAUUUUAAAAUGUUAAGAAUGUUAGGAAAGUCCUUAAAGUUUUAUUGUUGAUAGCAUAGCCAGCACAAAAGAAGAAAAAGUAAAAAAAGAAACAAAAAAAGAAACUGUCACACUUGUGCACAUGGCCAAAGGCAUAAGCAUGCUCUUCUUGCUAAUUAUACCACUAAGUCAAAUCUCUAUUCGCAGAAGCAUCAGUGGUAAAAGACAUUAGGAGUACUAUUUUAGACCGUAUUUUUAAAAAAAUCAUUGACGAGCCCCUUGACUUUUCAUUAACCAUCACCUGUCAUUGUCAUGGGUUGGGUGUAUCAUUUUCAUUCUUUAUAAUAAUCCAAAAUUGUUUGUUGAGAUAUUGUGAGCUUCUUGUGGCAACAUCAACCAUACCAUAUCUUGACUUAGAUUUUUCUUUUAAUGAUAAAACAUACCUAGGCUUAUUUCUGAUGUGUAGAGAAUAACAGAUUCCAUUUGAUUUGGAGGUAUUCUUCAGAUGAACAAUUCGUGUUCCAUCCCUUUGACUCUGGUGGACAAAUUUUUGGGUAGGGAGCCACAGAGUUGUUUCGAGCUCAGUAAAAAAAAUACCCUUAUCUCUGCUUUAGUCGUAAAUCAUAAGAACCCUAAUGUAUAUGUUUAUUGGACACGAACAUUAUUGCAUGUAAUUUCAUCAAACUGUCAUCAAAUGUUAAUUGGCAUUUUCGGACAGUUCAUUUCCCUCUUUGACAAAUAGUUGUACAUGUCUCUUUGGUGGGGAGUUUUUAUACUAUCCACUUUUUGUGUGACUGCACAAGAGGUUUUGCUUCUAUGCCUAUCUAUUUUCUAGGCAAAUUUACCCAUCUACCAAUUCUCAUUAGCUGUAAGUGUAUUAGAAUAUUUUUGUUGCAUUUUACAUGGAACUCUGACAGAGGCUUCCUUCAAACACCAAACAUAGUGUCUCCUUUAACCAAGUAUUGGCUAGAGAGAAUUUUGCCAAAAAUUAUCCCCAACAAAUAUGCAAAUUGACUUCAGUUUUGAAAGACAUUCAUAUCAAUGAGAGAUCUUAUUUUUCAAUUGCACUUGAAAAUUGGAGUCUGGGAUAUCCAUUUAACUCUAGCCUAUGGAAGUCACAGACAAAGGGGACAUCGAUCAUAGGGCCAUUCUUGCUAAUAUGUGACAGUUCCUUAAUGGUUAAAUUCCAUGCAGCCAACUGUUGUAUGUAUUUAUUUUUAUUUUUUCUACAAAGAUAAAUACCACAAAACUAAUAGACAAGAAGAAAUUACUUUUAGUGGUGGGGUGUAAAGAGUGGUUUGAGAUUCUCAGUUGCUACCUGCUGAUAAAAUUGGUAGUUUGAUAGUAAUCCUCUAUAGGAUCAAUUAAAGGCCUAUUUUAAUAGUUUUCUGUGUGGGAACACGUCUUUAAUGUGUACUGAUGUAUAGUCUUUAAUUUUCUCUAAAUGUAUUGAUCUUUGUACAGAAAGUUGUUUUCCACCUUGUUGAAAAUUUAAUUCCUCAAUUUAGAAGCGUUUGUGCUUAUUUAAGUUGGAAUGAAUUUCUGAGAAGAACUGUUGUUCACCAGUUACUUGACAGGCUUGGACUGAUUUUGUAAUGGACUGUUUGGUUCCACUGUAUGAGAUAAUUAUUUGCUUCAGUAUGUUAUUAAUAUUUAUAUAGCAAUAAGCAUAGGUGAGGAGUGAGGAUUUAUGGAGGUGUUAAGUUGCAUACUACACGUCCUUUCAGAUUUGUUUUGGACAGAAAUCUCUUCAAGGAAAAAAAAGGUGUUGUUUUCAUCAUCUUUCUUAAUCCUCUUUGUUAAAGUUAAACAAUACAACUGUUAAGAUUUUGUUUCCCAAGAAGGUUUUUGUUACUAGAUUUCUUGAUGCAUGGCGUGAAAUAUUUUUGUGGUAAUUAUCUAAAAUCAGUCAAAUUAGAUCUGUGUUAUUCUUUGAGUAGGGUGCUGAAGUGGAAGAUAGCUAUUAAGCUCAAUAUCAUAUUUUCCCCCCUCUGUUUUGAUGAUAAUCAUUUGUUUUAGACCAGGAUGUGAUUUGCUGUUCCCCAUUGGUCUCCAGUGGUUGCUCCUUUGCCUCUUAUAGAGGAUGAAAAAGAUUUUAAAUCUGCUUCGUACUUAGGGUGCUUACAUUUUAUCUCAAAUUACAAGCUUUGCAAGAAUGGUGAUCAGCUCUUAACCCGUCAUAUCAGUUAUGGAAUAUUUUGCCUUGUGAAGUUUGUUAGCAUAGGCUUUUGUUCAUGUCAUGUUUGGAUGGAUUGGUCCAACUAGUUUGAUGUUUUAGUCACAUGCUUGGACUCUUUGAAUGAUUCCUACUUAUUCUCUGGUCAUUCCAUUUAAAAUAUACUGUUCUGCUCCUUUGCUUUUGUUGUUUAUCUUUUAUUAAUCCAAUGAGGGUGAUUGAUUUGUGUAAUAAUUGAUAUGUAAGAGUAAUACAUUAGGAAGGUGUGACGAGUCAAUUACUGUGAAUUGAGCUUCAACUCCUGGCCGUUCAAAAAUGUCCCAUAUUUUGAUAAAAGUUCUCUUGGAAAGUCUUUUUAUGUUGCUUCAUUUCUGUACUCUUAACUUGUACUCAAAUUGCAGUCAGUCCUGUAAUGUACGGUAUGUGUAAACUUCAUUAAUUUUUAAUGUGUCUGACUUUGUGUGAGUGUUGCUUCUCAGUCAGUCAUGUAUGCUUAGGUUGUGGAAACCAAAAUGAGUGAUACUACUUUUAUGAAAGUUGCCUUGUAACAUUUUUGCUCUUGUUAUUCAAAAUUUCUCUUUGUGCUAUUAAUUCUUCAUAAGUGUUUUGGCCUGUCAUUUUUCAAUGUCUUUUAUAUAUCUUAUGACAUCUUGAUUAUCUUGAAAUUAACUGCUUGAAGAAUACUGUAUGCUUGUUUAUUGUGUAGAUUGAAAGUAGGAGUAAAUGAUCAGAUUCCACCUAGCUUUCAUGUAUACAAGUAUUAUCACAGUUUUAACUUAUUGUAUUUAUUGAUACUCAAAUUAUGAGGCAUAGUCAACAUUGUGUUUAAAGGGAAAGUGAAGUCAACUAGUGACGUGAGCUUGUGUCCAAUGAUCACAAACUGGCUAUGCUAACAUCAAAAUGGACCCAAUUUUGGUGUCAAAUCUGGAGACAGAGUGUUUGUGCGGUUAUCAAACAUGGGUCCAUUUUGAGGCUUGAACCAGUAUUGAAAUUCUAACUGAAAAAGCUGGAUGUCUUAUAUUGUUUUGUCCAUCAUACCUCUUUGGGUUUAUAUUUUCUGUUCUUUACUGUGCUGAGAAUUAUUCAUUAUGCAAUAAUACAGUAACCUACUUUGAAUGAAAGCAAUAAUGCUAAAGAGGACCUUCCAUGUCAAUAUUUUUCUAAUUUAGCAUGAUGUGAGAAAAAUUACAAUGGAACAUACUCUGAUGAUAUUAUAUUUGCUGCUCAGUUGAUUGAAUCAUCAGGAAUGAGAGUGUGGUCAAUACUCAAGGAGUGUAAAUGCCUCAUGGAAUCAAGACAAUUCUAAAUUAAAUAUUUAUUUUGUCAAUUAAAACUUAUCUUUUGAAUGCA